AGGCCACGGCCCAGGGGCGGGGCGGCCGGGAGGAACCGCGUUCUGGAGCGGGAGGGAGAUCCGCCGCGGAGUUACGGGAAAGUUGGUCCGAGUUCUCGGGAGUUUCCCGGUGUGGUCCCUUGCGUUCGGCCGGCUGCUCCCAGGCUCCUUUCCUUCCUACGGCCUUCACGGUCCAUUCGGUCCCUCUUUCUGCCACCGGCGGCCAUGGAGCAGCCGCCGGCGCCCAAGAGUAAGCUAAAAAAGCUGAGUGAAGACAGUUUGACUAAGCAGCCUGAAGAAGUCUUUGAUGUUUUGGAGAAGCUUGGAGAAGGCUGCAUUUGAGUUGACAAACCGUCUUAUGGAAGUUUUUAAAGCAAUACAUAAGGAAUCUGGUCAAGUUAUUGCAAUUAAGCAAGUACCUGUUGAGUCAGAUCUUCAGGAAAUAAUCAAAGAAAUUUCCAUAAUGCAACAAUGUGACAGCCCUUACGUGGUGAAGUACUAUGGCAGUUACUUUAAGAACACAGACCUCUGGAUUGUUAUGGAGUACUGUGGAGCCGGGUCCGUUUCAGACAUAAUUAGAUUACGAAACAAGACAUUAACGGAAGAUGAAAUUGCAACUAUUCUAAAAUCCACGUUGAAAGGAUUAGAAUAUUUGCAUUUUAUGAGGAAAAUACACAGAGAUAUAAAAGCUGGGAAUAUUCUCCUCAAUACAGAAGGACAUGCAAAGCUUGCAGAUUUUGGAGUGGCUGGCCAGUUAACAGACACGAUGGCAAAACGCAAUACUGUAAUAGGAACCCCGUUUUGGAUGGCUCCCGAGGUAAUUCAAGAAAUAGGUUACAACUGUGUGGCUGACAUCUGGUCCCUUGGCAUUACGUCUAUAGAAAUGGCAGAAGGAAAACCUCCUUAUGCUGAUAUACAUCCAAUGAGGGCUAUUUUUAUGAUUCCUACAAACCCACCACCAACAUUCAGGAAACCUGAGCUCUGGUCUGACGACUUCACGGAUUUUGUGAAGAAGUGCUUGGUGAAGAGUCCUGAGCAGAGGGCCACUGCCACCCAGCUGUUACAGCAUCCUUUCAUCAAGAAUGCGAAGCCCGUGUCGAUAUUGAGAGAGCUGAUCACGGAAGGCAUGGAAAUCAAGGCCAAGCGGCAUGAGGAGCAGCAGCGAGAGCUGGAGGACGAGGAGGAAAACUCGGAUGAAGAUGAGCUGGAUUCGCACACUAUGGUGAAGACUAGUUCAGAAGGUGUGGGCACAAUGCGGGCCACCAGCACGAUGAGUGAAGGGGCCCAGACCAUGAUUGAACACAACAGCACCAUGCUAGAGUCGGACCUGGGGACCAUGGUGAUAAACAGUGAGGAUGAAGAGGAGGAAGACGGAACCAUGAAAAGAAAUGCAACGUCACCCCAAGUACAAAGACCUUCUUUCAUGGACUACUUUGAUAAGCAGGACUUCAAGAACAAGAGUCAUGAAAAUUGUGAUCAGAGCAUGCGUGAGCCAUGCCCUAUGUCAAACAAUGUUUUUCCUGACAACUGGAGAGUUCCUCAAGACGGAGACUUUGAUUUUUUAAAAAAUCUAAGUUUAGAAGAACUACAGAUGCGGCUAAAAGCACUGGACCCCAUGAUGGAACGAGAAAUAGAAGAACUGCAUCAAAGAUACAGUGCGAAAAGACAGCCCAUCCUGGAUGCCAUGGAUGCCAAAAAGAGGAGGCAGCAGAAUUUCUGACCAGAUCCCUUCUGUCUCUGUGUGACCAGAGACCAAGCAACACAGGAAUUGAAGGAACUGUAAUACUUUUUAAUCCCUAAAAUGUAUACUCUACAAUUUUUUUUAGAAGUCAAAAAUGAUGGUACACACCUAGAUAAAUUUCCCAAAAGCAAACUUUGCAGUUGUGUCCUCGCUGACGUCGGUUUAAAAGGAUGAGAACAAUACACAUGCGCACCUCUCUCUCUGCCAGCCGUUACCUGCAACAGAACCAACCUGCGAUUGAAGCCGCCUGUGGAGCCGGAGUCCAGCGCCAUUGCUUAGGGCUCACAGCACUGCAGGGCUUGUGUUGCCCUGAUCUUCCUUCCUGUGGAGAAGCCUAUUUAUUGACCCCCUAGGUAGACUUAUUUAUUUAUGCAGCUUUUUUUUUUUUUUUUUGGUUUUUCUAAAGAAAAGAUCAGGAUAGUUUUGGUGAAUGUCCAGACACAAAGCAGAUUGUAACACACAACCAAAUUGUACACUAAGCAGGGAGCUAUGGGUGUAUUCCUUUAUCUCCAAUAAAAAUAAAGCCAUAAUGUCCACAUGGACCAGACAAUUUUAUAAGUGUUAAUUCUUGAUUUUGAUAUUGGUACAAAUAAAAUAUAUAUACAUAGGUCAAAAAGAGUUAUACAGUGUAAAACCAAAGAAAUCAAUGAAUUUUUGCACCAAAAAAGUGUGGGAAAUAUUUUUUAAGACAUGAAACCCGAGAAGACGGUGCAGUCGUUAAUGUGUCCUUUAUUGGUCUGUAGUAACUUCAAGUUCAUUCUAUGGGACAUGCUUCUGUCACAGGGCUUUUGUUGACUUCAUUCAUCUCCUGGGAAUUGGUAAGCAUCAUGUAUCUGACAAUAAAGCAGUAAUAUGUUUAUACUAAAACUGUGUGUCCUUAGGGCCUAAAAAAUGAAAGCAUUAGAAAAAGGCUCCUUUCUGAGAAGCAUUAGCAUUUGUGUAAUUGACCUGGGACCAGUCAUUUCCUGCACUACACAUGGCCAUUUUGAUAUCGUGUUCUUUUAUGUGUUAAUUACUAUGUGUGCAUCACAAAGACAAAUAAAUUCCACUGUGCCACCCAGAA